AUGUUCUCUCCACCUGGUUAUGUCCCCAAAGAUCUAGAAAAUAAUAACGUGUCGGCUUUGCCAACUCCAACAAACUCAAAUAAUGUCACUCCAUCUGCUGCAAAUUUAUUGCCAAUUCCCAAAAAAUCAAGAAUAAUCAAGACUGACAAGCCAAGACCUUUCCUAUGCAGUAUCUGUACGAGAGGUUUCGUUAGACAAGAGCAUCUAAAAAGACAUCAAAGGGCCCAUACAAGUGAAAAACCAUUUCUUUGUACUUUCUGUGGAAGAUGUUUCGCAAGAAGAGAUCUAGUUUUAAGACAUCAACAUAAAUUACAUUCUUCAUUAAUUUCAAAAUCAAAUAAUGAUAACACUUUUGAAAAACUAAUGGAAAAUAACAAAAAUUUAGAUUUAAAUGGAGCGAUGCCAUCAACUAUAAGAAAAAGAAAUACAGACCCGGAUAAACAUAUUAUUAAAGUGGAUGGGAAUAAAAAAACUAUAUUACCAACCUUAACAAAUCCAUUGGCUCAAACCGCUGCACAGAUGAAAAAAGCUGCAAGAGACGCUGCAAAAUUAGCUGAAAGAGAGGCAAAUAAUAAAAAAUUGAAAAAUAAUAAAAAUGUAGUAACUAAAAUUGAAACUAAGGAUAAAAAUGAUUUGACUUCACAAAAUUAUGAUCAUGAACCCAUUCUUAAGCAAAGAAAUAAAAGGCAUGCAUCCUUCUCUGCUUCCACAGCAUUCACUUACGUACCAACAAAUAAUCAGCCUGUCAUUGAACAAGACUCAGAUUUCCCUCAUCAAGUCGGAUUUUCUACCCCACAAUUAACGGCACAAAAAUUAAUUGAAAAAGCUGCAGAAUCUGGUGUAGAUUUAAAUUCAAUUGAUGUACCAACUUUCUUAUCGUUAGAUGAUCAAUCGAAUUUACAAUCAAUUGAUAUUCAACACAAUAUUCCAAACAGCCAUCAUAACCAAACAAAUCAAAUUGAUUGGAAAAAUCCUUACUAUGAUAAUGUCCCUUUCUUAACUGAUUUCCUAACGAUGGGAUCUUCAUUCGGUGGGUCUGGUGGUUUCGCCAAUUUCCAUCCAUCAAAUUCAACUUUAGAUCUUUUCAAUUUUCAAUCGAUAUCCCCGACAAAAUCAGACAUUACCACUACUGCUACUGCUACUAAACAAGCCAUAAAUGACCACUCAUUCAGCGGAUCAGCGUCAAUUUCUCAAGCUCUAAAUCAUCCUACAAAGAUCAAAUCCUCUUUAGAUAAACCAUCAUCAAUUUUAGACUUAUCAGCUUCUCAUUUGGAAAAUUUGACCAACGAUUUAGGUUUGGAUAUGGACAAGCAAUGGUUCAACAAAUUUCUUUCUAAAAGUGAAAAUCAACCAAAUACGACUUCUUCUACUGCAAAUACCAUCGAUUUUGAACAUUUUGCUCAAAAUAUACUUCCGACACCAUCACCAAACGAAAAUUCAGGUUCAAAUUUUUACUCAUCGAGCAGCAGUUCUUUCAACAAUAAGGGUGCAACACAAUUCUCACUAAAUAAUGAAUUCAAUUUCAACUCUAUUGAUUGUAACAUUCCAGAUUUAUUCACUUCGAGACAAUUUGAUCUUUUCAAGGAAAAUAACGACUUUCUCAAACCCGAUUCAAUUCUUCCAAACCCUUCAUCAUCAUUUCCUCCUCGUUUGUCACAAGAGUCCCUUAAUGAUAACGAAGAGUUAUCACCUUUCAAUAGUAGUAUACGUGAUUGGAUAAUAUCUUCCAACAAUUUAACUUCUGAUGUUUUCCCUACUGUUGAAGAACUAAACCGUCAUGUCAAUUUAUACAAAGAAAAUUUUCAUAAAAUCUUCCCAUUCAUUCAUAUACAGACUCUGAAAAUAACUAAGGACAAUUAUCCUUUACUAUUAUCAAUAGCUACCAUUGGUGCAUUUUACGCUUUCAAAUCGAAGCAUGCUGCAAUUCUUUCAAGUAUUACACUUGUUCACGUUAAGAAAAUUUUGGAGAAACAAAAAGAUAAUUAUGAAAACACCCCUCUGUGGGUCAUUCAAACUAUAGUAUUGUUAACUAUCAAUAACACGUUCAACAAUGACGUAAGAGCAACCAAGAACGUUCAAGCGCAUUUAAUGACUCUGGUACAAUUAAUAAAGGUAACAAAAAUAAAUCUACCUCUAGAAAAUUUUGUCACCCCUCCGAUUGAAAGUGACCAUUUUAUGGAAUUUCAAGAUAAUCCACAAAUAUUGAAACAACUCAACGACCGUUAUAAGACAUCUGAACAAGUUGAAAAGAAUUUUCAAUAUUUCAUCUUGGCUCAAUCAAGAAUUAGAACGUGUCACACUGUUCUGCUUAUAACCAAUUUCUUCUCAUCCUUGGUUGGUCUCGAUUGUAAUUUCCAUUCCGUCGACUUGAAAUGUGGGGUAUCAUGUUAUAAUGAAAUAUUAUUCCAUAUUGGUAAACCACAGAUCUGGGCCAACCGUCUUUCAGAAUUAGGUAUCAACUUGGAUUCGAAAUUUUCUUUAAUUGAAUUAUCAAAGGGUAAUGGGAAUUUCGAGGAUGGACUUGCUUAUUUAUCUACAGGAAGUCAGUAUUUCUUCGAAAAUUCAAAAUUAUCCUUCAGAACGUUACUGUCUUAUUUGAUCACAGUCCAUGAGAAAAUAUCCAUUGAAAGGCAUGCUAACAAUCAACAGACAGAAUAUGGUGGUCAAGUAAAAGAAGCUAAAUGGAGAAUGAAUUCAAGACCAAUUAUUUCAAGCGUCAUGAAACAUUGGGAAGCAUUAUAUAUCAAGAACGGUGGGAUAUUAAAACAGAAUGACGAGAAUAUAAAGACCAUAAUUUCAAACCCUUCGAUUAAACUAAUUAUUCCAUUAUACUUAUUUGCCAAGAUUAGAAAGUGCGUUAACCUAUCAGAUCUUAUGAACAAGAUUUGGUUACAAGAUUGGGAUGGUAUGAAUAAAGGCUUGAAAAAAUUUUAUCACGAUUGGGAAUCAUUGCAUGAGGCAACUGAAUACUCUUUAGAAAUAAUUGAAUUCUGGCAUGAUAUGAUAUCAAAUUCAGAUUCAUUUGGCAUUGUAACAAUACCAAUUCUAUCAGUAACAUGUAUUUUGUCAUCCAUCCUAAUCAUUUUUGAAUAUUUGAAAAUUCUGGAAGAAUGGACUGAAAGAUAUAAAAAGGGUAAGAUAAAUGCAGCAUUGAAUGUUUCUGAUAGAAUUCUAUGGUUAAAGAUUGUUAAAGUAUUAAAAAAAAUUGAAACGCAAUUCAUUUCAAAUAGCAGUUACCACAUCACAUCGUCAGAGUCUGACUUGAUUGAUGACGAACGUGCCAUGGAAGCGCUAAAACCUGAAACGGACAUUGCAGAAACUGUUGCUGUCAUUAAUACUAUCAAAUUGUCGCAACGUAGUUUGUUUCUGGGAAUUGGGAUUUUAAGUGCCACUCCUGUCUGGACAGUGAGCUCUCUUUUCGCCCAGGCACUUCAAUCAGGCGCCCGUUAUGGUCAAUCACACCAAUAA